GGACGGCACACCUUGGCAUGGACGCCAGAGUGGAUUGAACACAGGAGGGGGGACUGCCCCAGUUAGAGCCAAGCGGGUGGCAGAGAGGUGGUAGGGGUGACCUGCCACUCCCAUGCCCGCCCCUCCUCAAAUGCCUGUCUCUUAGGUUUGCUGGUUGGCCCCCGAGCAGACAGCAGGGAAGGAGAAGCCCUUUGUCUACACCCAGGGGCAGGCAGUCCUGAACCGGGCCUUCUUUCCAUGCUUUGACACGCCUGCCGUCAAGUGCACAUACUCAGCCCAGGUCGAGGUCCCAGAGGGCUUCACAGCUGUGAUGAGUGCGGACACCUGGGAGAGGAAGGGGCCAAACACGUUCUUCUUCCGCAUGAGCCAUCCCAUCCCCUCCUACCUCGUUGCUCUGGCCAUCGGAGACCUGGUUUCCGCGGAGGUGGGGCCCAGGAGCCGGGUGUGGGCCGAGCCCUGUGUGGUCGAGGCUGCCAAGAAGGAAUAUGACGGUGUGAUAGAGGAAUUCCUGGCCACGGGAGAGAAGCUUUUUGGACCCUACGUUUGGGGAAGGUACGACCUGCUCUUCAUGCCACCUUCCUUCCCGUUCGGAGGGAUGGAGAACCCUUGUCUGACCUUCGUCACCCCCUGCCUGCUGGCCGGGGACCGCUCCUUGGCCGAUGUCAUCAUUCACGAGAUCUCGCACAGCUGGUUUGGGAACCUGGUCACGAACGCCAACUGGAGCGAGUUUUGGCUCAACGAAGGCUUCACCAUGUACGCCCAGAGGAGAAUCUCCACCCUCCUCUUCGGGACCGCCUACACCUGCCUGGAAGCUGCGGCCGGGCGGGCGCUGCUCCGCCAGCACAUGGAUGUCACGGGCGAGGAGAACCCCCUGAACAAGCUGCGGGUGAAGAUUGAACCAGGUGUUGACCCGGACGACACCUACAACGAGACCCCCUACGAGAAAGGCUUCUGCUUUGUCUCCUACCUGGCCCACUUGGUGGGCGAUCAGGAUCAGUUUGACGCGUUUCUCAAGGCCUACGUCAAUGAGUUUAAAUUCCAAAGCAUCAUAGCGGAAGACCUUUUGGAAUUCUACCUGGAGUACUUCCCUGAGCUGAAGCAAAAGAGAGUGGACACCAUUCCAGGGUUCGAGUUUGAUUGCUGGCUGAACACCUCGGGCUGGCCACCGUAUCUCCCCGAUCUGUCCCCUGGGGACUUACUCAUGAAGCCUGCGGAAGAGCUGGCCCAGCUGUGGGUGGCGAAGGAGCUGGACAUGAAGGCCAUCGAGGCCGUGGCCAUCUCCUCCUGGAAGACCUACCAGCUGGUUUACUUUCUAGACAAGAUCCUUCAGAAAUCCCCUCUGCCUCCUGGGAACGUGAAGAAGCUGGGAGAGAUGUACCCAAAGAUCUCGAGCGCCAGCAACGCUGAACUGCGGCUGCGCUGGGGCCAGAUUGUCCUUAAGAACGACCACCAGGAGGACUUCUGGAAGGUGAAGGGCUUCCUGCAGAGUCAGGGGAAGCAGAAGUACACCCUCCCGCUGUACCACGCCAUGAUGAGUGGCAGCGAGGCGGCCCGCGCCCUCGCCAAGGAGACCUUCGCGGCCACCACCUCCCAGCUGCACAGCAAUGUCGUACACUACGUCCAGCAGAUUGUGGCACCCAAGGACACCUAGAAGCCCAUCCCUGUGUGCCCUUGGCCUCUACCUCCUCUCACUCUGCGGAAUAAUCAGAACGAUCAAUCCCAAAUCCCUGUUCUCCGGUCCACUCCCCAAGUUUGUGUCCCUCGAUGGUCUGUCUGUCCUCUGGGUUUUGUGUUUGUGACUCGUGGGGACUGCUGUGGACCCCAGAGACUCCCACGGCCCUCAGUGCCCGUGCUGCUCCGUGGGGCAGGUCUCCCCCCACUUGAGCGUCAGGGGAGGGGGAAGAGCAGAGAGUCCUUUUCAUCUCUGGCUGAUUCUUAAAGUUCUAUGCAAAUGGCUCAUUCAGGUAAUUCUUUUUUCAGGUUUAAUCUGUAUUUUAAUAAAUCUUUUUAAAUGAAAAGUG